ACUAAAAAAAUAAAAAAAAUAAAAUCAAAAUUAACAAAAACAAAAAAUGAAAUGUUAAACAAAGGAGCGUACAGCUUAGAACCUCAACGAGAGUACAGUGAAGCCUGGUGAUCUUGAAAAAGACAUAAAGCUGGCCCGAGAGAGGUCAGUGCCGAAAAGGGGGGUAGGGGGGGCUAUCAGAUAACAGACAGGCCUUUAAAAAAAUCGCAAAACAUUAAAAACAAUUCUUGAAAAGUGCUAGCACAAGUGCGAGACAAGCAGAAAUUAAAAAACUCUAAAUCGCCACGCAUAAAAAUGAUAAAAAAAAUAAAAUAAAAAAAAGAUGCAAGUGGCAACAAGUUUCUCCAGUGGGUCUCUUCUUCUCAAUUCUUCUCAGGGCCAUACAGAGAGAAAAAAAAGGGGGGCUCUACAAGAAAAUAAUUAAGAAAAAAAAAUUACAAAGAUUCUAGCUCUUCAAACUCUGGUCUAAAAUUUAAUAAAAUAUAUACUUUUUGAUAAAAAAUAUCUUAAAUAAUUACUACUUAUUAUUUCCUGUGUAAUGCGUAUAAGGAAAGAUCGAAAAAGAAGAAGAGGAAGGGAGGGAGGGUCUGAGGGCGAUCGGGAAUCUGGGUUAUGGCAAACAGGGGAGCCAUGUAAUAAAAUGCGGUAAUGGCGAGGGGGUAACCAAAAAAUUUAAGACAAGUCUUUUUUGCCAACAUCAGCACCGAGAGGCUAAAAGGGCCUACAAAAAAAAUAUAUACAGAAAAAUAAAAACAGGCCGAAUUUCUGGCUUUGAAUUUGGGUUUGGGGUUUUAAGCAUUUUUUUUGUUUUGUUUGGAGGGGGGAUCUCGAAAGGGGGGGUCUGCUGAUAAACCUUCUUCCAUGUAUUUGUAUCUCUCACACUUUCGAGAUACAGCUGCAGCUACAGAUACAGAUACAGAUGCAGAUACAGAUACAGCGAAAGUUGCAUGUUCCCUCCGCGCAAAGCAAACAUAUUUUAUAUAUUAAAAAAUUAAAUAAAAAAAAUAAAUAAAAUUAAAUAUAUAGCUGCGAUCGCUGGUGAUUCGUUGAGAGCUUUACAUUUUUCCCCCAAUUUCUGGGGGAAACAAAACUUCUAAAUGGCCAAUAUACCACAAAAAUUAAACCAACAUGCAAUAUAUAUAUAAAAUAAUAAAAAAAAUAAUGUAAAAAAAAAAAUAAAGAGAACAUAAAAAAACGCACACAAACGAUCCAUCCGAUCGCGGCGCAGAAAUUCGGUUCGGGUCGGUUUUUUUUGUUUGUAUUUUUUUUUAUUUUAUUUUUGGUGUUAUUGUUUUUUUUGGCGACUUUGCUGCCAGCGCUGUAAAAUGCAGCGGCGUCGCUGCCAGCGUCGCUGCACUCCAAAAAAAGCGAAAGAAAUAUACAAUCGCAUGAGAAGUAUAUAAAAGAAUAAAAAAAAAAAAAAAUAAAGGCGAGCAAAGGCAAAAAACGGCACAAAAAGCGAACGAAACAUACAGGCGGCAUUAAAAGUAUACAACGAUCACACACACAGAUACAACUCUCUGAUUCAAUUGGGCAGGCACACACACACACACACUACCACACACACACAUACAGAUACGCACUCAGAGGCCGAGGGCAGCGGCGGCACAAAAAAAAAAACCCAACACAUUUAACUGCAUUUUUUCGGAACUCAGUUGAGCUUUUUAAUUCGAUCGGUUCAGUUACUAAAGUUAGUUCAUCCCAAACGCACAAUUUCAAUUUCUAAACCAGGCCCAGGCCCAGGCGUUAGUGCGACGGAGAUAGAGAUUGCCAAUAACUAGGAUUAGACUCGGGUUCUAAACUCACCCAAAAAAAAAAAAAAAAAUUAUUUCUAUUUUUUUUUUUAAAUUUUUUAUCAAGUGUGGAAUUAAAUCCUUGAAAUCCGGUCUAGUGCGGUCUAAAAUAAAGAAAAUAAAAGAAAGAGACUUGAAGAAAGGCGGAAGAAGAAAGUGAACAAAUCUCCAGUGAUUUAAAAAAAAAAGAAAAACAAGAAAAUGUACCACAAGAUGUGGGUUAAUCAGGAUGUGGAAACCAUGAUGGCCUUCAGUUAAAAAUAAUCAUUAGUGAAUAGACCAGCAAUCCAACAUAAUCAGCAACUGGACGAGUCGAAUCAGCAGCAGAAUAAAUUAAUAAAAAAAUAAAUAAAAAAGCGCCACCAAAGGAGAAGUAAAAGGACUAUAAGAAAGGACUUUUGGGGAAAGAGAGAAAGCCGGCAGGUGCUUUCCAAACAGCCAACAUUUUCCGUUUCAAGGGGCAAGAGAAAAGCCGCCAAAAUACGCAAGAAGGUGACCUCGAAGAAGGCCAGCGUUGUGUCGGUUGACGACGAUCACAACAACAACAACAACCACAACAACGACCACAACGCUCGGCAGCCAACACCCACACCAACACCCACACCAACACCAACACUUACACCAACACCGAUCCCGAUCCUUUCAAAAUCAAUCAUAACAACAACAACACCAAUUGCCACACCCACACCAGCACCAACCCCAGACUCGUACUAUCACGAGCAGGAUAUAUCAUCGGAGGAUCAGACAGCCGACAUGGACGACACACAGCACUUCUGUCUGCGGUGGAACAACUACCAGAGCAGCAUCACCUCGGCAUUCGAGAAUCUGCGGGACGAUGAGGCGUUCGUCGAUGUGACGCUCGCCUGCGAAGGACGAAGCAUCAAGGCACACCGUGUUGUCCUCUCAGCCUGCAGUCCCUACUUCCGCGAACUGCUCAAGAGUACACCCUGCAAGCACCCGGUUAUACUGCUUCAGGAUGUCAACUUCAAUGACCUGCAUUCCCUGGUGGAGUUCAUCUAUCACGGCGAGGUCAAUGUCCAUCAGAAGUCAUUGCAGUCCUUCCUCAAAACAGCCGAGGUCCUUCGGGUAUCAGGACUAACACAACAACAGGCCGAGGACACACACAGCCAUUUGGCCCAAAUCCAGAAUCUGGCCAAUGCCGGCGGACGUACACCAUUAAAUUCGCACGCUCUAUCCCAUCCCCUGCCCCAUCAUGGGGCAUCGUUGCACGAUGAUGGCUCCACACUGUUUAGCCGCCAAUCGGCUGGAUCCCCGCCACCGCCGUCGGUGCCGUCGCUCAACUCUCACAUCAACAACCAGCUGCUGAAGCGUAUGGCGAUGAUGCAGCGCAGCAGUGUGGCAGUGGCCGAGGAUGCUGCCACCCAUGCCCUGAAGCGUCUCCGUGGCUCUGAUAACGGUCUGCCCGGUUCCGGUAAUACCGGUGGCGGUAGCAACAACAACAGUCCGGACUUGCCACCGUUCCACACCCGCAGCGCCUCGCCACAGCAGACUCCGGCCGAUUUUAGUACCAUCAAGCACCACAACAACAACAAUACACCGCCGCUCAAGGAAGAGAAACGCAAUGGACCCACUGGCAACGGAAACUCUGGCAACGGAAAUGGCAAUGGAGCGAGCAACGGCAAUGGAAUCUCUAUCAGCGACAAACUGAGCAGCCUAACACCCUCGCCACUGGCCCGGUCCGGUGCCGAUGAUGUCAAGUCCGAGCCGAUGGAGCUGGUCUGUUCGAACAACAAUGCCAAUGCCCAGGACGAGCACAGUAAUGAUUCCACAGGCGAGCACGAUGCCAACCGUUCCAGCAGUGGUGAUGGCGGCAAGGGCUCUUUAAGCUCUGGCAAUGAUGAGGAAAUCGGAGAUGGACUUAACCAACACCAUAACGCCCCGCCGUUCAUAAUGUCGCCGGCGGAGAGCAAGAUGUUCCCGGCAGCCGCUUUCAACUUCCCGAUGGCCAAUAUCGAUCAUUCAGCGUUGCUCGGUCUCAACACACAAUUGCAGCAGUCCGGUGACCUAGCCGUGUCCCCUCAAGGUGGCAGCACCGGCAGCCUACUUGGCGGCGUCAUAGUGCCCGGUGGCGGUACUAGUACCCCUAGCAAUAGUAGUAGCACCACCAACAACAACAACAACAACAACCAAUCAACAAGCCAGAACAACAACAACCAAGCAGUAGAACAACAACAACAACAAUCAUCACCACACCAUCACCAACAACAACAACAACAUCACCAACAACUCCAACAACAACAACAACAUCAUUCCACACAACAUUCUAAGCUAGGGAGUCCACAAUUGAAACAGGAGCAAAGCAGCAACAACAACAACAAUAAUAACAACAACAACAAGGGACAGGAUAUGCAACAACAACAACAACAACAACAACAACAGAAAAGUUUAAAAUCAAGUGAUCUGAUGGGAAGUGAAAGAAGUUUAUCGAGAUCCUCGCAAGGAUUAGGAGAUAGUGCCACGCCCUCACCCUCACCCAACGCCCAUUACAUCAAGCGAGAAAGAGAAAGGGAGAGGGAGCGCGAAAGAGAGCGAGAGAGGGAGAGGGAGAGAGAAAGAGAACGAGAUCAUGAUAUGGAACAGCAUCAGAGAUCGGCAUCCUCGCCACCACCACCGCCCUCGCAUCACACCCACUUCGGACAGCAUCCGCUGUCGCUGCUGCCGAGCCACCAUCAGUUGCAUGCCACACACCACGAUCUGAGUGCCGCCGCUGCUGCCGCCCACCACGCCCAUGCCGCCCACGCUCAUGCCGCCCAUGCCCAUGCCCUUGCCCGGGCGGGUUCACCAUUGGAGCAUCACCAUCUGUUGCAUCAUCGCCGUUCCUCGCUCUCGCCCUCAUCGGCGGUGGGCGUGGGCGGUGGUGGUGGCGGCGGUGGUGGUGUUGGUGGCGUCCAAGGUGGUGGCGGGUCAAGGGGUGGCGGUGGUGCUACGGCUGCGGCAGCCGCCAGCCUGCUGUCGUCGGUGCGGGCGCAGGAUGUGGCGCAGGCGAAUAGACUGCUGUUGCCGCUGCCACUGAACGCGUGCCACAGGUGCGAUGUGUGCGGCAAGUUGCUGAGCACCAAGCUGACCCUGAAGCGGCACAAGGAGCAACAGCACCUGCAACCACUCAACAAUGCCGUGUGCAACCUGUGCCACAAGGUCUUCAGGACACUGAACUCCUUGAACAAUCACAAGAGCAUCUAUCAUCGACGGCAGAAGAACCACCACUCGUACUUCCAUCAUGGCGGCGGGGUGGGUCAGGCGGGCAGUCCUGGCAGCCGGUUGCAUCAAUCGCUCAGUUCGCUGAGUGCUGCGGCAGCUGCCGCCAAUAGCGGUGUGGGCGGUGUUGUGGGUGGGGCGGGCGCCGGCGGUGGUAGUGCUGUGGCAGCUGCUGCUGCUGCCGCCGCCGCUGCAGCUGAACUCUUGCUAUCGCCGAUUGUGGGAGCCGCUGCUGUUGCAGGUGGUACGGCCAGUUCAACGUUGCAACUGGCGGCGGUGCAUCAGCAGCAACAGCAACAACAGCAACAACAUGCUGCAGCAGCAGCAGCAGCAGCGGCAGCCGUACAACAACAACAGCAGCAACAGCAACAGCAGCAACAACAACAGCAGCAACAAUCCUCGCCAGGAAUCGUGAAACCAUGUAUGGACUUCUUAUAAGAUCAGCAGCAACUCUUGCAGCAACUGUUCCACGUGGCACUCAACAAUUCCGCAGCAGCAGCAGCAGCAGCAGCAGCGGCAGCAGCAGCGGCGGGACCUGGCCCCGGAACAGAAGCAGUGGGAGCUGGAAAUAACGGAAAUGGUGGAGGAUCUGGCGGUGGAGGAGGAGGUGGCUUAGUUGGUGCUGGCGGGGAUUAUGGCGGGAAUUCGGGAAGUGGCACACCCACGGUGGACUUGACACAGUUGGAGCAUACGGCGGGACAUCAUCUGCAGCAUCAUUUGCCGCAACAUUUGCUGCAUCAGCAUCCGGCACUGCCGCAUCCGCAUCAGUUGGGUGGGCAUCCGCAUCCGCAUUCGCAUCCACAUUCGCACACGCAUCCGCACCACCAGCAGCAUCCCUACGAACGCAUGAAUUUAUUAGACCAAUAAGCGAGGUGGAACAUGGACACACACAUACACUCACACACACACAAGCGCAAAAAAAAAGGAUCAAAAAAAGGAUAAUGGAAUAAGAGAGGAGGAGGAGAAGGAGGAGAGGAUUAGAGAGGAGCAGAACCGACCGAUCGAUAACCGAGAAGGAAGAAGAGCAUUUAGGAUAAAGAAUACAUAAUUGUAACAUAAUAAUAUCGAUAACUAUCGAUAAUAAUCGAUAUCGAUAACCAUCGACAGCUGUUCGAUACAAUCGAUAUUUUUUUUGGGAUCUCACAGAGCGGAAAAUUCAAAGACUUUUUCGGCCAAGAACAAAAACAAAUGAAAGAAAGCGAAAGAAAUGGCAAAAAAAAAAAACAUCGAGAAACAAACAAAAAUAAAGCAAAGCAAAAAAGCGAAAGCGAAAGGAGAGAAGAGGAUAAGAAGACAAAAAGAAAAACAUUUUUAGGCAAAUGGAAAAACUGUGAUUAUUUACGACUUGAUUAUAAAGCAAGCAAAAACAAAAGUCUUUUACGAUAAAAAGCUACACAUUAUUACAAAAAAAAAAGAAAAACAAAAAAAGGAAAAACUAAAAAUAAAAUAAAGAAAAAGUAAAAGUAAAAAAAUACACUGUAACACUCCCACUAAAAAAAAAUUAAAGAAUGCGCAGGAAUCCGACUCGUAACACAUAAGCAUUUUUUUUUUCUGAAGGAGAUUGGAUAGAGUUUGUCAGAGUUUAGUAGAACUAGGCUAGGAGAAAGUGAACCACCUGGCCAGAAGCAAGCUUAGAGCCAGGCUAGAAGACUGUUACCCACACACACACACACACACACCCAAAACACAAGCACACUCAUAUGAUUUUUAGUGUGUGGUCCUUGAAAAAAAAAACACAAAAAGAUAGUUUUUGAAACCAACGAAAAAUUCCAGUUUCAAAGUAAGCAUAACUCAUACGACCUGUUGGCCGGCUGGCAUACACGGCGUAUGAGUAAUAAACCAAAAGUUUUAUUAUUUUUGUUUUUGUAGCAGAAAAAAGUUAACAUAUGGCCUUAAAAAAAAUUCUCAUAAAAGGACUGCACUCUAAUAUCAUUAGAUCAUUUUUCAUUAAAAACAUCCAUAUGAGUAUUAGAAGGCAUUCUCAUCUUCUUCCAAACAUCAUCCCAAUAUCCAAUGUGGAUGCAGCAGGAUCAGAAUCUAAAAUUGAAUUUGAAUCUAAAUCUGAAUUUGAAUUUAACACAACCAUAUGUGCAAUCCGCCAUCUCUGUACAGACUUUCCAUUUUCGCAAAAUCCAAAAAUAAAUAAAAUAAAAGUGAAAAAAAAUGAAUAAGAAAAGUAAAAGAAAAAAUAGAAUGACUUACAAGUAAUUGCAUUUUUUUUUUUGUUUUUUUUUUCUCUCGUGUAUCAUAGUAAGAUAUCAGAAAUACUAUAUAUUAAAGCAUACAUAUGUGUAUAUUUAGCAGCCACUUAAUAUUCAUCAAAUGAGUAGCGAGGUCAAUGUAAAAAUAAACUAAAAAGUUUAAAAGAUAGCCUUAAGCUUAAGCGAUACAACAGUGUGUGUGUAAUAUGAAUAUUUUUUUUUUUUAUAUGAAUAUUAUUAAUUUAUCUAGAAUUUACGCCCUAAGAUCAUACACACACAUUUAUAUACACAUCUAUAUAGAUACGAAGUACGAUAUAUAACUAAGACUAUGACUUAGCAUAACUCAAAACACGCAGAAACACAGCGAUAUAUGUAUAUCGAUAUUAAUCGAUAUGGGGAGGUAUUUUAUUUGGACUGUACUGUACAUACAAGAACAUAGAGAAGGGUGAGAGGAGAGGGCAGGGUUUCUUUCGGAGGACUCUUCGGAGAGGAAAUGCGGACAAGGACUGACUAGAUUAUAAUCAAUCGAUGAUGUAUUAUCGAUAAAAAUCGAAACAACUGAAAUUUAAACAAUGAAAUUGUUGCGGUCCUCAGUUGAAAAUUUCUGCUUAAUAUUAUUGCUUUCCAAUUGGCAGACGACGACGACGACGACGGAUAAUCAAAAUUAGAUCAUUUAAUAUAUACUUUGCAUAUUAAACUUUGCAUUAAUUUAAAGACUGACCUUUAGAAGAAAGUAUCGAGGGAAUGGAAGAGUACACCGCCGAGAUGGAACCGCGUGCAAUUUGCAACUUGGGGAUUUGGAGAGAGGGGUAUAUAUAUUAUAUAAUAUAUAGAAAAAAAAACGAUCAGUGGCAUAUAUAUAUAUAUAUAUAUAGCCUUAGUUUAAAAAGUGCAUCUUUACAUGCCCGAUUAACGAUUGGAAGGAGAAUGGGGGUUACGUUGUGUGCGAGUAUAGUCGAAUUUUAUUUUUUAUACAAAAACCUAUAUUGUAAUUACCACUUAGUGUAACUAAGCAAGCAAAAUUCCUCCAAAAAAAAAAGUCCCCAUUGUAUUGUAUUUUUUCUUGCUUCUUUUGGCAAACGAAAAGUCUGAAGUGUUGAUUAAGUUAAUCACCCACGUUUUGAUACCAAAUUUUCGAUUUACCACAUAGCUUAUGCACCACAAACAACAAAAAAUUAAAUUGUAAUGAUAUAAUGUCGAGCAUAAUGUAAUACUGUAACUUAACUAUAAGGAGACCCUCUCUCAUCUGAAAAAAAAAAUAAUAAGAAAAAUGCCAUAUAUCGUAUAUAAAAUAUAUAUUUUAAAAAGAAAAUUAAGAAUUGUACCCGAGUGCUGUCCUCUCAGCUCGCCGGCGGCCUUUGUUAACCCGCAAUGUCACCUAUAUAUAUAUUUUUUUUCUAUGAUUAAUAAAUGAUUAUGUUCAAUAAAUGUGGAAAUGUAAAUGUGAAAUGAAACAAAUUGAGAAAAAAAAUGAGAAAAAUCGAUAACGAGUCACGUGGAGAGAAGAUGUCGCAGCUUUGCACCUUAAUGUUGUUUACGUAAAAUCUUAUACUACUAACAGACAACGCAGAUAAAUGAUAAUAGAUCACAGAUCACUGGUCACAGAUCAUCGAUCACAAAUCACCGAUUACCGAUUACCGAUCACAGAUCAUCGAUCAUUGAUAACAGUUCACAGCCCCCAGAGUGUGCAUCAUGUGAGUACAUAGACGCAGGAUAACUAAAUAAAAACCAAACUCAAGCAACUAACUGAGGAGCUAACCAAACUACUAACUAACUAAUAGCAUAUUGAUACUCGAAAUAGCAGCAGUAAGAGCCCGAAAACAAAAUGAAAUAAAAACCAAUUACAGAAUACCGAUAACAGAUUACCGAUUACCGAUUACCGUUUAAACAAACAUACCGAUUAAUCAAUAGUAGGUUCGCCUGUUUAACGUGUGUACUAUGACUAUGUUUAUCCUUUUUUCCUAUUCUAGAUGUUCCCCAAGUCCCCCAAAAACCAAAAAAAUCAAAAAAAAAAAAAUCAAAAAAAUUCCCCAAAAUGAAUGUAAUGCAUACUGAACCGUAUUAUCCAAUGAACCAUUAGCUCCAAGCCACAUAAAGCUUAACAAUUACAAUUUACAUUAACGAACUACAAUUACAAUUUACAAUACGCGAUAUAUAAGAAAUAAACUAACUGCAGUAACUACAUGGAUAUACAAUACAUACAUAAGUCAAAUAGCCAAUCCGAGGAUACAAGAGGACGAUAAGGAUCGGGGAAAUCCCCCGAAUUCGAUCGAUUAUUGCAUAGAAAUAGAACAGAUACCGAUACCGAUACCAGAAACAGAAACAGAAUCAAAGUCACAAAAAUCAAGCAAUACAAUACCAAUAUCUCUCAUCUAGUUGCAAAUCGAAAACACUCACACGUACACACUGACGCUUACAUUACUUAUAAUAGCGAUAGACGUAAAGCCCAUAAAUCAAAACCCCCUAGCCCAGAAAAACCCCAUUACUACACCCCCCCCCCCCCUCAGAAACCAUAAUCGAUCCAAGAUCGUACCCGAAAUAGUAAACAAUUUUAACCAUUUUUCCUUUGGCGACUCCAACUCGAACACGAACUCAAGAACUAAACGAACAACAAAAAAAAAAAUUAAAAUUAAAAAUUAACAAAACAAAAAAAAAAA